AUGUCGGAUGACACUUCAUUUAGAUUAGCAAACCUACGUGUCCCCUCGAAGACCAAAGAGCUAUCCUACGCACUCAACUACUACAUUUCCGAGACCAAAGACGUUAUUCGAAAGCCUAUUUAUCUCGGCCUUGCUUCUGCUACCAACGCGCUGGAGGCUUGCACCACCAACCGAUUGUUACGUGACGUAGGGCGCUCCUCAGCUCCCAGCAUAUGUCCAGAAGGCAAUGUUAGACUGCACGAACUAUGCAAAGCCUGUGCAUUGUUCGCCCAACGUUCAGUAGCAUUGAACUGGCUUGAUCGUUCCAACCCUCGUACAGCCUGGCCCCCACGAGGACGUUACCAACUCUGUACUGUAGCUCAUUUACGACGGUUGAAUGGACACUGUCAUCUCUGCACAAUCUGCUACUUCCUUGUUGUGAAAUCAUCUUGGACGCCUGGAGAUCUCUACAACAAUUGGAUCUAUCUCGAAAUUCUGCCUUGGCGGCAGCACUGGCAAGACAGUUCGAUUGUCCUCAAUGCGUCGCUAUAUCCAAGCCGGGGGAUUGUAGGACAAUUCAGCCUAAGUCUGCUCGCAGACAAUGAAGCUGGAAAUUAUGCAGAUGCGCUGGCAAGGGCAUCUCAUGUUCCAAUCUGGUCAAAUGAUAACAUUGAACGCGUGCGAGAAUGGCUCAAGAGUUGCUUGGAAACCCACGGCGCAUGUCGGACACCCAAUAACGAAGCAUUAUCACCUCUGAAAAGACCCAGUAGGAUUCUUGCAGUUAACGACGAUAGGGUGAGGCUUAUUUGCAAUUGGUCUGAAUCCAGCGAUUCCAAGUACCUUGCGUUGAGCCAUAUGUGGGGUACCGAUCCCAAACAGCAGCUGCAACUAGUCUUGUCCCGCCUUGAGGAGUUUCAGGAAAAUAUACCUUGGACGGAACUCCCUUUCAUCUUCAAAGAGGCAAUCAGAAUAGCCCGACAGGUUGGGUACGAUCACAUUUGGAUCGACUCUCUUUGUAUCAUUCAAGACUCGGCGAGUGACUGGGCAGCCGAAGCUGGUAAGAUGGCUCACGUUUACGGGCAUGCGGACUGCACCAUCGCUUAUCUUUUACCCCCACAAGACGUGCUUACCAAACCACGACAAGACCCGAUGGUCUGGACUCCUUGCAUGCUUCGUCAUCCCAGUGUUGCAUCGAGAGGUAUGUAUGUUUGUGCUAAAAGGGAUGAUUGGAACAGUGAUUCGGUUAGGACAGAAUUUGGUAUCGAUUGGCUCUCACCAAAGGACUGGCCACUAUUUACACGAGCCUGGGCAUGCCAGGAGUAUCUACUUAGUCCUCGCAUAUUGUUUGCAGGCCACCGAAACCUCAUGUGGGAGUGCUCAGAAUUACUUUCUGAUGAGCUUCUGGGCCCGAUGGAUGAAAUUACUGGAACCACAGCCUCAAAAACACACUUCUCUGCUGUCAAAUCAGUCACACUCCCAGUAACGAACAUGACUGAACAGCUGGAAUUCGUGCAAAAUUGGGGGAUGCUUGUCCAUCAUUACCGCGCAGGCGUGUUGACACAGCCUAAGGACCGUAUUAUGGCUUUCGCUGGGAUUGCACAAGCUGUUCGUGAUAGCAGUGGAAUGACGUACUUGGCGGGAUCCUGGGCGCAGAUGUUCCCAUUAUCCUUUGCCUGGAGCGUCGCUGCUAGAUCUGACAACACCACGAUGCCAGAAUUGGAACCAGUUGUCGAACCGGUGCCUUCUUGGUCAUGGUUCUCGGUUCCGAUACCCUCACCUGACAAACUUACGUUUCAAGUUGUCGACGAACUGUUAAGAGGAUUACAUUAUGGGGAAGCUGGGAGGAUCGAACCGAUAUAUCAAGCCACCCUGAUUUCAUUCGAGGACCGGUCGCAACAAGACUAUACCGAUGCCUCAACGACCAAAGGCUUCCACAAUUUCACAGGAAUGACCCUAAAUCUUGCCAUCAGGACUUGGACUGGCUUUCUGAAGGACUCCCCGGCCCCCGAUUCACGAUACGGACUGUCGAUGAAAUGCCAGUUGGAAAAACUCAUGGGAAUGCACUAUGGUUAUCUUCAGUGUGAUUUUGACCAUCCCGACACAGUGCACAAUCCCUUCAACAUGGUAAUGACUUUUGGGCUUCUCAUGCAAAUUCGCACAGGGAAACUUCCAGGGCGGGGCGCCCUUGUGCGUGAACCAUUCUUGGUAGGGUUGAUAAUGCAACCAGAGCCCAGUCGCAAAGCUUACAAGCGCAUCGGUCUAUGGAGGCUAUACCUACAACCACAUCUAUGGAAUUGGGAUGCGGAGAAAUUCAACUCGGCCUCGAUUUUUGAUCAACUCGAAGGUGUUCGUUCAGAGCACAUCAGGCUAGUCUGA